AUGUCCUACUUCCCAAGAACCAUGAUGCUUCUGCUGCUGGCUCUUCCUGUCCUUGCUCUUCUACCCCAAGUGAUACCAGACUAUGGUGCUGAGGAAAGAUGCUUGGAAAGAUCAGGACACUGCAGGAAAAAAUGCAAAGAUGGAGAAAUGGCUGAGCAAACGUGCAAACAUUACCGAGUCUGCUGCGUUCUGGACACCAUCAGCAACAACCAAAAGGCCUCCAGGACGGGGACCAUGAAGGAAACCACUACAAUAGAGUACGAUCUGUCCUCAGACUUCAUGGAUGUACUUAACAUAACAUAG